AAGAGCACGGAAUUCGUGUUUAAAAAAUCGAAACGUUAACAUCUCCACGCAAAAAGGCAAUUUAGCCAACUUAAAAAGAAUAUUCAGGAAGUGAAACGCAGUCACAAAGUUCAAUCAACCUAACCUCAGAAAAAGGAAGAAACCCAAAGAAGAAUAAAAAGUCACUUUAACCUAACCUAAAUAAGAAGAAAAAACUAAAGAAAAAAUGGCGCUUUCGACUCUUCUUUCGCUGGUGGACGAACUCCAGGAGCCGCGCGGCCCCAUGUACGAGUUUGGCCUGGGCAUGCACCCGCACUCGCGCCUCCUCCAGCCCCUCUCAGGCGUGGCCCCUAAUCGCCGCUCGAUCAACGGCUGCCCCUGCGCCUCACCCUUGUGUCACGCUUCUCCCGCUGGCCAGGUGAUGGCUCUGCGCCGUGAGAUGUCCAAGAACAAUGACAUCCAUUGGCCGGCCGCCACUCAUGUGGGCAAGGACGGCUUCCAAGUGUGCAUGGACGUGGCCCAAUUCAAGCCCAGUGAGCUCAAUGUAAAGGUCGUGGACAACUCCAUCCUGGUCGAGGGCAAGCACGAGGAGCGCCAGGACGACCAUGGCCACAUCAUGCGCCACUUUGUGCGCCGCUACAAGGUGCCCGAGGGCUAUAAGCCGGAACAGGUCGUCUCACAACUCUCUUCGGAUGGCGUCCUCACUGUCAGCAUCCCCAAGCCGCAGGCCAUCGAGGAUAAGACCAAGGAGCGCGUCAUCCAGAUCCAGCAGGUGGGACCGGCUCAUCUCAACAUCAAGGCAAACACCACCGAGGAGAAGGGCAAGGAGAAUGGUUCCGCCAAUGGCAACGCCAAGUAGAGGAGAUCAACGUUAUCAUCAUCACAAAUAUUGUAUUCCCAUUUGAAGUUAACCCCAUCAUUCCCUGCAUCUGUAUCUCUUCCUUAUUUAUUGCCUGGCAUUUUGUAAUGAGCUAAAGACUUGAGAAUUAACUUAUUAAAAUAUAUUGUUCACCUGGUGUGGCAAAUGUAA